CCGCUUCUGCAAGGCUUCGGAGUAGUCGCAAAGAGAGGCGGGCGGGGGGGGGGAGCAUCCGCCUUGUUAUUGUGAUGCACGGGCCUUGCUUCUUGCCGCCCGCCGCCGGCUGAAAGGGAGAGAAGGGAGCCGGGGAAGGAGGCACCUUGCUCUGCUAAAGAUUGUCCAUCAGCUGAAGCCACUGAGACAUGGCACAAGGAAAUAACUAUGGUCAGAGCAGCAACGGGGUAGCUGACGAAUCCCCCAAUAUGUUGGUGUACAGAAAGAUGGAAGAUGUCAUUGCCCGUAUGCAAGAUGAGAAAAAUGGGAUUCCAAUUCGGACAGUUAAAAGCUUUCUUUCCAAGAUUCCCAGUGUCUUCUCUGGUUCAGACAUUGUUCAAUGGCUAAUAAAGAAUUUGUCAAUAGAAGACCCAGUGGAGGCCCUUCAUUUGGGAACAUUAAUGGCUGCUCAUGGUUAUUUCUUUCCUAUCUCAGACCAUGUUUUAACACUGAAGGAUGAUGGUACAUUUUACCGGUUCCAAACCCCCUAUUUUUGGCCAUCCAAUUGUUGGGAGCCGGAAAACACAGAUUAUGCGGUUUACCUCUGCAAGCGAACAAUGCAAAACAAAGCACGGCUUGAGCUAGCAGACUAUGAAGCAGAGAGCUUGGCCAGGUUACAGCGAGCAUUUGCACGGAAAUGGGAGUUUAUUUUUAUGCAAGCAGAAGCACAAGCAAAAGUGGACAAGAAAAGGGACAAGAUAGAGAGGAAAAUCCUUGAUAGCCAGGAGAGAGCAUUUUGGGAUGUGCAUCGACCAGUGCCUGGAUGUGUAAAUACUACUGAAGUGGAUAUUAAAAAGUCAUCUAGAAUGAGAAAUCCUCACAAAACAAGGAAGUCUGUCUAUGGAUUACAGAAUGACAUCCGAAGUCAUAGUCCUACACACACACCAGCGCCAGAAAGUAAACCUCCCACAGAAGAGGAAUUGCAUGAAGAGAUAAAGUAUUGGCAAGUACAGCUAGAUAGACAUCGAUUAAAAAUGUCCAAGGUUGCAGAGAGCCUAUUAGCCUAUACUGAACAGUACGUGGAAUACGAUCCCUUUCUGAUGCCACCAGAUCCAUCCAACCCUUGGUUGUCAGAUGAUACUACAUUUUGGGAAGCUGAAGCCAGUAAAGAGCCAAACCAGCAACGAGUAAAGCGAUGGGGAUUCAGCAUAGAUGAAGCCCUGAAAGAUCCAGUGGGAAGAGAACAAUUCCUCAAAUUUCUGGAGUCUGAAUUCAGUUCAGAAAAUUUAAGAUUCUGGUUAGCAGUAGAAGAUUUGAAGAAGAGGCCUAUGAGGGAAGUUCCUGCCAGAGUACAGGAGAUCUGGCAAGAAUUUCUUGCUCCUGGAGCACCGAGUGCCAUUAAUCUAGAUUCAAAAAGUUAUGACAAAACUACACAGAAUGUGAAGGAGCCAGGACGACAUACAUUUGGUGAUGCUCAGGAGCACAUCUACAAAUUGAUGAAAAGUGACUCCUAUCCACGUUUUCUACGAUCCAGUGCCUACCAGGAACUACUACAGGCCAAGAAGAAGGGCAGAAACAUCCCAAUUUUUCCUUGCCAUAAAAACUGUACACCAACACUGAGGGCGAGCUCUAACCUGUUAUGAAAAGAGGGGAAAUCGCUCACAUCAAAGAGAUUAACCAGUCUAGUGCAGUCCUACUAAAAGGAUCGCCUUGUAGCAUGGAAGCAGACUCAAUCAUGACACAUACUUUGUAGCUCACUAAUUGCCUGAAAUCAGAGGACAAUUGAACAAGAUGUUGCAUGAGCAAGGACCUGACUUGUUUUCUUUUGUGUAUAUCAAGGCAUUACAGACUCCAAGGGACUCGCUAAACUUUCGAUGCCUCCAUUUUGAAAACUCUCUGCUCACUUUCGCCUUCAUAUCAAGCUGGAUCUGUGUCUUUUAAUUUUCUGCAAGCUCAAGUACAGUGAAAAAAAAAGGCUUCUGUUAGGCACAGUUGAUUUACAGUACUGUCAGCCACAAACUGGAAGAAAUGUUUUUAAAAAAGAAAAGAAAAAAGAAAACAGAAUAUAUUAAUAAAUAUAUCUACUAUGGCAUCACAGCUACUGCACAAAAAAUUAGCACAGAAAGUUCCAUCUCACAGAUGUAUUCACAUCAAGAAAGAAAGGCUGUGUCUUUGUCUGUUGUCUGUAUAGUCUAUGUUAAUGUUUCUUGCAUUUAUUUUUAUACCAUAUUUUAUGGGGGAAAAGAACAUCUUUUACUCCAAAUGUAUUAAAGCUAAUCCUUCCUCUGUAAAUUUGUGUAUGUUUAUAUUGUUGUUUUCUCUUUCAUUAAAAUAUGCAGAAUCUC